CCACCACAGCCACCAAGACCUCCGACGCCUUCACCAUACCACCCACCUUCUCCUCCACAACCGCCUAGACCUCCAACACCUCCACCAUACCACCCACCUCCUCCUCAGCCACCUAGGCCACCAACGCCACCACCAUAUUUACCCCCAUCACCUCCACAGCCACCAAGACCACCAACACCUCCACCAUACCAUCCACCUUCUCCUCCACAGCCACCCAGACCUCCAACACCUCCACAGCCUCCUAGACCACCCACACCUCCACCAUAUUUACCCCCAUCUCCUCCACAGCCACCAAGACCUCCAACACCUCCACCAUAUUUACCCCCAUCUCCUCCACAGCCACCAAGACCUCCAACACCACCACCUUAUAAUCCUCCAACGAAGUCCAAUACUUAUCUACCACCAGAUCGUCCAACUACUCACGGCCCAUACACUUCAAGACCUACAUCCUCUUACGGAACCACUCCAAGACCUACGUAUUCCUAUGGUACUACUCCAAGACCUACAGUCACGUAUGGCAUUACCUCUAGACCUACGGUCACGUAUGGUACCUCCAGACCUACACCUUCUUACGGGACUACCCCAAGACCUACAGUCACGUAUGGUACCUUUAGACCUACAACUUCUUACGGUACUACUCCGAGACCUACAGUCACGUAUGGUACCCCGAGACCUACACCUUCCUAUGAUACUACCCCAAGACCAACAUUCACGUAUGGUACAACCCCAAGGCCUUCGUCACCAAUAACUUACGUACCAUCAGUCUCCACCUCCAGACCCAUUCGACCAACAUUCGGACCUACGACCCAUCGUCCUUUCACGGACGAGUCCUCUUACCUUCCACCGAUAGAUGGUCCGAAGCCAAGUACUCAAGGUCAACCAUACCUCCCACCAUCCACCCCAUCCACGCCGCGUGUAACCGUUACGCCGCCACCUCCACCGACGCCUAUCUACACUCUCGUGCCAACCUCGACCAUUUACACUCCUCCACCGACUGGUAACCCGGCGCCGCCGCCCACUCUUCCGCCUACGACCAAGAGACCUAUCGGUUACUUCUACGAGGUGCCAGAAAAUCCGCUUGAGUUACCCCUGCGAUGA